UAUCACGUGGCAGUGAUGAUGGCAGUGAUUGGCCGAUCUGGUGUGGCUGGCAAGUGGCUGAGGUCUGACAUCACAUCAAACCGCUCCGCAAAGCGGUUUUGUCUGCAAACGAGGAAACCCUACUUGUGUUUCUUGGGCAAUUAGAGCAGCUUGGUCGAGAGCAAGGGAUGAUAAUCGCAUACUAUGUGUGCUACAGAAAUGCAUUUUCGAUCUCCUCAAGCUCUCUUACGAUCUAUGGCUGCUGGCACCCUUCGAGCUCCAAGGCGGCUGGCAGUUGAGUUGCCCUGGUUUCCGCGCUAAUUCCAGCCAAUCGCAUUUACCUGUCCCCUAAGCGCCUGCGACCCUGCUUACGCUUACCCAGCGUACAGUACACCGGAUGAAUGUUUACCUGGGAUAUGGCAUCCUCCAACCAUUUAUCCAUAUAUCCCAUUGAGGUUUUGCUUCCGUUUUUGAUAGCCAUUCUCAUAUUCUCGACUACUAAUCAUGGGUGGUGAAGCUGGUGCGGGCAACCUUCCUAUCCCAAUUGCGGACUUGACAGAAAUUGCGACCGAGGCAUGCGACACGGCAUUGGAAGAUGUUAAAGGCUACGUCCACGAACAAGUCGGCCAAUGGAGCUCUCAUAUAAUCAACACAGUCCUCCAAGCACUCAUCGCAGCCACAACGCCCGAUCAGCCCGACGACGCCGAACCCGAUACCCCCCAAACCCCACCAUACCGCUUCAACGUAAACUGUACGAUCAUACAACAAGGCGUAACAGCGUUAGAGACCCCAGAGUCUCGCGAGAAGGCUGGUAAGCGGGGGAUGCACUCCGCUUCCGGCGCAUACUGGGAUGUUAGCCGUGAUGGGAUGUGGACGUUCAAGUACCCGAACGCGGAAGAUAAGGGGCUGGAUUUGGUUCUGAAUAUUGUGUGGUUUGGGACGAAUUGAUUGUGCUUUGACGUGGUCUUUUUGUCUCUUAUAUAUCCCUCUUCUUUCUAUCUUCUUUCCCUCUUCUUCUCCAAUCAGCUGGCGGCCAUAGAUCUGGGCGAUAAAUCAUACCUAAGUUCUUAUCUACUAUUUACAUUUUCACUCCCUCUCUCUCUCUCUCUUUUUUUUUUUUUUUUUUUUUUUUUUUUUUUUGGUUUCUCGCCUAUAUAACUUGUUGGUUAGAUUUCCGAUUUAUAUACUGGAUGUUGACUGUAUCAUUGAGGACUGCUGCUUUUAGCUAGAUUCUAGCCGCCUAGGAUAACGAAAAGUGCACAUCUUGACCUAGUGAAUUCCAAGAGAUGUGUUUUGAACGGGGAUUCACGUUGCCCCCCCAUCAGUAUUCGCUUGUACUCUGUACUACCCUCCCUGUUAGAAGGGGCGGAUAACAGAUGGGGAAGGGGAUGAGUAAAGCUCCAUGUUGCACAAAGCACAUCGCCAGAUUGCACACCUAAGACAUAACAUAUAUAUACAUUCCAAACAAAGAGAAACACCGUUAUAUAAGUUCACCAUUUCAGCUAUUAGAC